AUUUCCCUCUCUCUGUCUCUCCCUGUGUCUCUCUGUCUCGCUCUGUCUCUCUCUGUCGUCAACCAGGAGCAGAACUAAUGUCUGUGCCCCACACAGCAGAGCACCAAGAGGAAGGAAAGGAAGAUAAUCUGUUAAGCUGUUCAUCAAAAUGGGCUCAGGGCAGAGCAAGGACAAGUUCCACUGUAACCAGUAUCUGAAUGGAGACGGACCUCCGUCACUAGCAGAACAAGCGGGUGACGGAGUGAAUGGAAAGUACCGAAUGUUUAAUGGCUCCCAGCCAGAGGGCCAGAUGACCUGGGUGAUCCUCCACAGGGACCUGCCGGGCUUCCCUGACGACAACACCCUGCAGGUCAACUACAUCUUCCCCGAUGGCAUACAGACAGAGAAACAUCCCCACCCUGGCCAGCCUUUUGCUGCGCUGAGAAUGUUGGCUUACCUGCCCGACAACCGCGAGGGCAGGAGGGUUCUCAGGCUGCUGGACAAGGCCUUCAGGCAGCAGCUCCUGUUCACUGUGGCCACCGACCAGCAUGGAGAAGACACCAUCACCACAACCAGCAUCCCCCUCAAAACACAGCCAGACGGCGGCAGCAAGAUUGAGAGCUACCCAGACCCAGAUUACCUGAAGACUGUGAGGAAGCUGCUGAAAGACAAAGGAAUCGAGUGAUGCGACCCCACUCACAACAGCUGGAGAAACACUGGACAGAUGAAGAAAUCUGCACUUCACACUGCAGUCCAGCUCUGCAUGUCCAGAGCUCAUGUGCAAUACAGUUUUUUAUUUGAAUACCAGCAAAGGUUUGUUAAUAGAACGUGUAAAAAUAUGUAAUUUUAUCAUGUAAAACAUCCAGAUAAGAUACACUGUAUAGAAUUCUUAAAUGUGUAAUAUGACUAAUCUGAUCAGUUUAGAGAGAGAAAGAGAAAGAGAAAAGUAUAUUUAUUAUUAUUAAUUUAGUUAAGGAUAUUUUAUGAUAAUUUUAUGCUUCUUUGAUUUUCUGUUACAUGUCCAUCCAAUGUGAAUGUAAUGAUGACUUUGUAAUGAUGAUGAAUUUGUAGUGAUAUUGCUGUAUUUGAGGG